CUUGCUAUCCUAAAAUCCACAUUCUUCGCAAUGGCCUCUUUCACAAGGACUUUGAGACCGCUUGCACGCGCUGCAACUGUUUCCUCGCGUACCUUGCGACCAGCUUUCACACGCACCGCCCCGCAAGCGCGAUGCCUGUCAGCGACAAUACCGCGUCGGGAGGCCGAUAUCACCGAUAUACCGCCCACACCCAUUACCCACCUCUCCGAAACCGAGCUCCUUAUGGCCGAUUCCGUAUCCAAGUUUGCCACUGAAGUUGUCCUGCCGAAAGCAAGAGAGAUGGACGAGGCGGAGGAAAUGGAUCCCGCAGUGAUUGAGUCAAUGUUUGAACAAGGCCUCAUGGGUAUUGAGAUCCCGGAGGAGUACGGCGGCUCUGGCAUGAACUUUACCUCGGCCAUUAUUGCUAUUGAGGAGCUUGCUCGGAUAGAUCCCAGCGUCAGUGUCAUGUGCGAUGUGCACAACACACUAUGCAACACUGCAUUGAUGAAAUGGGGGUCUGAGAGGCUGAAGAAGGAGUGGCUGCCCCGAAUGGCAACCAACACCGUGGGAUCUUUCUGUCUUUCCGAACCCGUUUCAGGAUCCGAUGCUUUCGCCCUUGCCACCAAGGCUACGAGAACCGAGAAUGGGUACAAGAUCAGCGGAAGCAAGAUGUGGAUCACCAACAGCAAGGAGGCCAAUUUCUUCAUAGUUUUUGCCAACCUUGACCCAAGCAAGAAGUACAAAGGAAUCACUGCUUUUAUUGUGGAAAAGGGUACACCUGGAUUUUCCAUUGCGAAGAAGGAGAAGAAGCUGGGCAUCCGGGCUAGCAGCACGUGCGUGAUCAACUUUGAUGAUGUCGAGAUUCCAAAGGAAAACUUGCUCGGCAACGAGUUCGAGGGCUACAAGUACGCUAUCGGGAUUUUGAACGAGGGCCGCAUCGGUAUUGCAGCACAGAUGACGGGUCUGGCUUUGGGUGCCUGGGAGAACGCAGCAGGAUACGCGUGGAACGACCGCAAGCAGUUCGGCACGCUCAUCGGAGAGUUCCAGGGCAUGCAACAUCAGCUUGCGCAAGCGUGGACUGAGAUUCAAGCGGCACGUGCUCUCGUCUUCAAUGCCGCCCGAAAGAAAGAGGCAGGAGAGGAUUUUGUCAUGGAUGCGGCCAUGGCUAAGUUGUACUCGUCGCAAGUCGCCGGAAAGGUAUCGGGACAGGCUGUAGAGUGGAUGGGUGGCAUGGGAUACGUUCGGGAAGGAUUGGCGGAGAAAUACUUCCGGGACAGCAAGAUCGGAGCCAUCUACGAGGGAACAAGCAACAUCCAGCUGACGACGAUUGCGAAGCAUCUCCAAAAGAUGUAUACCAAAUAG